AUGCAUUCCACCAGAUUUUUCGCAGCGGUUACAACAACUGAGUCAAGUGCCGUCAAGGUUAUUUACCGUUUUUACGGAUUCGUUGCAAGUAGUUACUGUCACGAAAAGAUCGAGAAUACGUUUUCAUGUGGAUCCACUCGACUCAGAAAACUGACUAGUGGCAACCGUCAUCCAUCGACCAUUUUGACGCUUGGUGAUGAUGAUCCUACGAUUGCUGCCACCGUUGAAACCAUUGACAGUGAUGAUGAUCCUACGAUUGCUGCCACCGAUGAAACCAUUGAUAGUGAUGAUGAUCCUACGACUGCUGCCACCGAUGAAACCAUUGAUAGUGAUGAUGAUCCUACGACUGCUGCCACCGAUGAAACCAUUGACAGUGAUGAUGAUCCUACGACUGCUGCCACCGAUGAAACCAUUGAUAGUGAUGAUGAUCCUACGACUGCUGCCACCGAUGAAACCAUUGAUAGUGAUGAUGAUCCUACGAUUGCUGCCACCGUUGAAACCAUUGACAGUGAUGAUGAUCCUACGAUUGCUGCCACCGAUGAAACCAUUGAUAGUGAUGAUGAUCCUACGACUGCUGCCACCGAUGAAACCAUUGACAGUGAUGAUGAUCCUACGACUGCUGCCACCGAUGAAACCAUUGAUAGUGAUGAUGAUCCUACGACUGCUGCCACCGAUGAAACCAUUGAUAGUGAUGAUGAUCCUACGACUGCUGCCACCGAUGAAACCAUUGAUAGUGCUCCAUACUUGGUGGUGGACGUCAGGUGA